AGAGCUACAGCCGUGUCGGUAACGCGCACUCCCUAGCGCCGCUGCUGCUUGAUUACUUGCAAGGCUGCCUGCAAAGCAAACCGUCCAGCGUUAGCAGAACCGCCCUGUUCGGCUUUGUACUGUUUGUUAUUCUUGCCUGAAAUUAUAAUUAUUAUUAUUAUUUUAUUUUUGCAAGAAAAACAAAAUCUACGAUUAUGGCCGACUCGUCUAACCGCGGCCUAGCGGGAUCAGGAGCCGCGGGCUCGGGUUCCGCAGCAGCCGGGGCGGUGAGCGGAGGCGCGGCGUCGGCGUCGGCGGCGGCGGCUCCCCCCGCAGCUUCCAAGCUGGAGUCCGUGAAAGGGCAGAAUUUCGACGUCGGGCCCCGCUACGUCGAUCUACUUUACAUCGGGGAGGGGGCCUACGGAAUGGUCUGCUCUGCCCAUGACAAUGUGAACAAGCUCCGAGUAGCCAUUAAGAAGAUCAGCCCCUUUGAGCAUCAGACGUACUGCCAGCGCACCCUGAGAGAGAUCAAGAUCCUGCUGCGCUUCCGACACGAGAACAUCAUUGGCAUCAACGACAUCCUGAGAGCCAGGCAGCUGGACAACAUGAGGGACGUGUAUAUAGUCCAGGAUCUCAUGGAGACUGAUCUGUACAAACUGCUGAAGACUCAGCAGCUCAGCAAUGAUCACAUCUGCUACUUCCUGUACCAGAUACUGAGAGGGCUGAAGUACAUCCACUCGGCCAACGUGCUGCACAGAGACCUGAAACCAUCCAACCUGCUCAUCAACACCACCUGCGACCUCAAGAUCUGUGAUUUCGGGCUGGCUCGGAUAGCUGACCCAGAGCACGACCACACCGGCUUCCUCACGGAGUACGUGGCGACUCGCUGGUACAGAGCGCCCGAGAUCAUGCUCAACUCCAAGGGCUACACCAAGUCCAUAGAUAUCUGGUCAGUGGGCUGCAUUCUAGCUGAGAUGCUUUCAAACAGACCCAUCUUCCCAGGGAAACAUUAUCUGGAUCAGCUGAACCACAUUCUUGGUAUUCUGGGCUCCCCCACUCCAGAUGAUCUGAACUGCAUCAUCAACAUGAAGGCGCGGAACUACCUGCAGAGUCUCCCGCAGAAACCCAAGAUCCCCUGGAACAAGCUCUUCCCCAAGGCCGAUGGGAAAGCUCUGGACAUGCUGGACCGCAUGCUGACCUUUAACCCCAUCAAGCGCAUCACUGUGGAGGAGGCCCUCGCUCACCCCUAUCUGGAGCAGUACUACGACCCCACUGAUGAGCCUGUUGCUGAAGAGCCCUUCACUUUCAACAUGGAACUGGACGACCUGCCCAAAGAGAAACUGAAGGAGUUGAUAUUUGAGGAGACAGCCAGGUUUCAGGCAACUUACCAGGGCACCUGAGGCAGCAGGCAGAUAGAAGUAUCAUCACUUCUUUACUCCCUGGUCUGAGCGGUCAAGAAAACAUUGAUGUCCUUCAGACAGGAAUAUCCAACGAUCAAAAGAAAAAAAAAAAAAAUAAAUAUAUAUAUAUAUAUAU